AUGUCGGACGCGUGCAGCUCCUCCGUGGAAGUGAGUCCGGAGGCUGCGCUCCAGCUACUCGCGGACGCGCUUCGCGCUCGUCACAACCCCCCGCCGGGACAGCGCGCCGUCACGACCAAUUCCUGGAAAGCUGUCGAUGAGCUCGAGCUGGUUAUGCGUCGCUGGCGUGCAACACUGGACCACAGCAAAAAGAGCGAGGUCACCGUGGGCACUCGCAAAGCCGACGCGUGUAAGAAGCACUUCUCGCGGCUCAAGUCGGACCUGCAAGAGCGCAUGCCAUCUCAGCUCGUCGAGGCCAUCUGCAAUGUCACCGCCGAGCAGCUCAGUCCCGAACGAUCCCGUGCGCAUUGCAGUGAUGGUGCCUCCGGAGGUGCCUCUGAGCUGGACAUGUUUUGGUCACCGUGUUCGAAUUUUCUCCGGAACUUCAACUGA